AUGUCUCGUCGCGGUAAAACUGGAGGCAAAGGACAGGCCAAGGCCAAGACUUGCUCCUCCAGUGCCUGUCUCCAGUUCCCCAUUGGCCAUAUCCACCUACUGCUGCAAAAGGGUCACUAUGCCAAGCGUGUUGGGGCUGGAGCCCCCAUCUAUCUGGCUGUUGUCCUUGAGUAUCUGACAGCCAAGAUCCUCAAGCUGGGCAGCAUUGUGGCCUGGGACAAGAAGGCUCGUAUCAUUCCUCACCACCUGCAAUUUGCCAUCCGCAAUGAUGAGGAGCUCAACAAGCUGCUGGGAGGGGUCACCAUAGGCCAGGGUGGGGUCCUGCCCAACCUUCAGGCUGUGCUGUUGCCAAAGAAAACCAACCACCCCAGCAAGGGUUAUGCCUGA